GAAAAUAAGGAAUUCCAAUCUGAAUGGGAAAAGAUGGAUUUAUUAGUUGGUGAAUUUAUUAAUAAUAUUACAAUAUCAAAUACUGAAAGCCAGAAUAUUUCAUUAUUAAUACCAAUUAUGAUUAGUGAA